AUGGUGGUCAGCAACGAUUGCACUAGCACCAUGGUUUGGACUUUGGCAUCCUUCGAUUGGUGGAAGCGCCAAAUCUGCCUUGCUAGGCGGCUUCAGGAGCUGAAUCUGACUGCUAGCAGAAUCCAUGGUCCCAUCCCAAGUGAGUUCGACCGGCUCAGGAGUUUGGGCCAACUAAGUCUUGAUGGGAACCUGCUGUCUGGAUCAAUACCUGUCUCAGUGGGAAACAUCAGUGGGCUUCAGCAUCUGAGUCUUGCUGCCAAUUCAUUGUCGUCGGUCAUACCCCCCAGUCUGUGGAGCCUAAGCAGCCUUUUGGAACUCGACUUGUCAGGAAACUCUUUUGAAGGCUCACUUCCUCCAGAUGUGGGGAAUUUGAAGAAUAUAUACAGAAUGGAUCUAUCAGCAAACCAGCUUUCAGGUAUCAUCCCAAAUGCCAUUGGACAGCUUCAGAUGCUCGAAUUUCUGGAUAUGUCUCAUAACUUGUUCCGCGGUCCUAUUCCACAAAUCUUGGGUGGACUGGUCAGCAUCAAGUAUUUGAACCUCUCGUCCAAUGAUCUCACAGGUGCCAUACCCGGGUCCCUAGCUAAGCUCAG